CCAGCCCUCGAGAAUGACCAGCUACGCAUCAAACCCUAUUUGCAAGGGUUGCUUGUCUUGCUCCAAGGACAACGGAUGCAGCCGGUGCCAGCAGAAGCUGUUCUUCUUCCUGCGGCGCGAGGGCAUGCGCCAGCACGGGGAGUGUCUGCACGCCUGUCCGGCGGGCUACUAUGGGCACCGCGCACCUGACAUGAACAGAUGUGCACGAUGCAGAAUAGACAACUGUGACUCCUGCUUCAGCAAAGACUUUUGCACCAAGUGCAAAGCCGGCUUCUAUCUGCACAGAGGCCGCUGCUUUGAUGAAUGUCCAGAUGGCUUUGCCCCCUUGGAUGACACCAUGGAAUGUGUGGGAUGUGAAGUCGGUCAUUGGAGCGAAUGGGGAACGUGUAGCAGAAAUAAUCGCACAUGUGGAUUUAAAUGGGGCCUGGAAACCAGAACACGGCAAAUUGUUAAGAAGCCAGCAAAGGACACCAUGCCUUGUCCAACCAUUGCGGAGUCCAGGCGAUGCAAGCUGUCCACGCGGCACUGCCCAGGAGGGAAGAGAACGCCAAAGGCAAAGGAGAGGAAGAACAAGAAGAAGAAGAGGAGGCUCCUUGACAGGGCACAGGAGCAGCACAGCGCCUUUCUAGCCACGGACAGGGCAAACCAAUAAGCCAGCUGGACGGUGGCUGGGUUUGUUUUCAUUUUUGAAGAAGUGCACCAAGCUACUCUCCACUCCUGCACGCGGUGCGCAGCCUUGCGGCCCUGUCGGCCUUGUUCCCAGGGGCACCGUGAAAGCAGCAGCUCAGUGUGGCCUCGGGAUUUAUGCUUUGACUGAAUCUGGAGCCGGGCAGGCUGGAGCGUGUGACUGCGUCCUUAUCCAGGUGGGACCCCCUUAGUGUGAGUCCAGGUGCCCCUCCUGGCUCUGGGGACCGGCACAGUGUGUGGCUGCAGCCGCCCGGACACGCACUCGAGCCCGGUACGGGGCUGUGAUGUGGGCAGAGUGGUGUUCACCCGGGGCCUUCGUUUCUCAGUGUGUGCGUCUGCAAGAAGACAUGCGUGGGACCUGCUUCGAGUGUUCUUGGCUUGCUGACUUUCACACUGCCGCACGGUGAAGCUGCUGUGCACUGGGGACAGGCCGAAGAGCCCAGCUCCUCUCCAUGCUGCGCUGUCUGUACAUACUCCACGGCCACUCGGAAAGCUCACUUCCUGUGUAUUUAUGCUUUCUCAUAUGUAACAAGUCCUGCUUGAGUCGGGUCACUUUGUUCCUAGUGGUUCCUAACCGUUGUCUAGCAGAUGACUGUUCUUAGUUUUACAGAUUGACAGAUGUUUUUGUUGCUUCUUGAAACUUCUUUUGUGGGGGUGGCCUUAUUUCUCAUGGUGAGGCCAGGAGAGCUCCUGUCUGCAGUAAGAGGACUGUGUCAGGUCCCACUGUCGAGAGACCAUCCCUGCCCUGUGCUGUCCCGUGUUCAGAAGCAGCAUGUGUGUGAGACGCCGGAAGCCAGACCUCCCUUGGAGUCUCAGAGGUGAAGAUUUCACAAACUAUAACCGAAAACGUGAGAAAUUCAAUGCAGUCACAUGCAAUAUGUUUCUGACUGUGCUUUUUUUUUUCUUUUUUUAAAUUUAAAGGAAUUUCCAGCUUUUAGCUGUCAAUCUUACUGGAUGUCUGUAGACUUAGGGUCAGGGAACUAUGCAUAGAAUCGAGGAGAAAACAAGAUGAAUUCCUACCACUGCUGGUUAGAUCCUGACAGAUCUCCAUUGACCAGAAUUUAUCUCAUAUUUAAAAACAGAGAGGCAUGAUGGAAACUUGCCAGCUGAUUCAUAGAGCAAUUGUUUCAAAACUGCCAUCGUCCACUUGGGAACCUAUUCUUAAGGGCUGUGAACUGGCUUCUGAAAACAGGACCUUCUUGGCUGAUUCAGAGGAAGAUCAGAACAACACCAAAGCCGCCAACAAAGUGGUCCUAUUUUUCUUUUGUACCGGGUAUCUAACUCAGGACCUUGUGCUUUUGAGGCAGACUAGGUGCCACUGAACUAAAAAUCCCCCAGGCUGGUUGUAGAUUUUUGAGGAAACAAUGAAAAUGACAUCAGGCUUUUCCCCUCACCUUGCAUUGGCAAAACUACCUCUUCAGUAUUUUUGUUUAAUGUCUGAGUCAAAGGCAUCUUACCAGUAUGUGUACAUGUCCUGUGCAUCAUCGUGGAAACAUCGCUGUGAGAUUAGAAGCCGUGUAUGGAUGUUGAUAGGGUUUGCCUUCAGUCCUAAAGUGCUCAUCUCCUUUCAUGUCUGCUUACCACAGGGGACGGGUCUCCUUUGUAUAGAGCUUCACUGUUAGUAAGUCAGUGCCUGUUCUGUUUCUGAGAU